AUGUCUCGCGAUAUGGGCCCCCCGGCCAAACGACAAAAGGGCCCUGGGCACCUCCCAGCAGGCCUGCGCGAUGCGAAACGGAAGGACAUCGACACCUGGGAAACCAAUCGCAUGCUCACCUCCGGUGUAGCACAACGACGUGACCAUGAGGGCGAUUUUACAGUCGAUGACGAGGAAGCGAACCGAGUGCAUUUGCUCACCCACGACCUUCGGCCGCCUUUCCUAGAUGGCCGCACGAUCUUUACGAAGCAGCUGGAACCGAUUUCCGCCGUCCGAGACCCGCAGAGUGACUUGGCUGUGUUUAGUCGCAAAGGCAGCAAGGUUGUCCGGGAACGUCGACAGCAGCGUGAGCGACAGAAGCAAGCCCACGAAGCAACGAAUGUAGCCGGCACAGCCCUCGGAAACGUCAUGGGUGUCAAGGAGGACGAAGGAGACAGCGCAGUUGCCAUGCCUGUUGAAGACACAUACAAAGGCGGAGGCAACAAAUUUGCAAAGCAUUUAAAGAAAGACGAUGGCGGCGCCAGCGCGUUCAGCAAGAGCAAGACCAUGCGUGAACAGAGGGAGUUCUUGCCCGCAUUCGCUGUGCGUGAGGACCUGCUGAGAGUCAUCCGAGACAACCAAGUCGUUGUCGUUGUCGGCGAAACAGGAUCUGGAAAAACUACGCAACUAACACAGUUCCUACACGAAGACGGUUACUCCAAACACGGUAUGAUUGGAUGCACACAGCCUCGUCGUGUGGCUGCUAUGAGUGUCGCCAAGCGUGUCAGUGAAGAGAUGGAUGUGGAGCUAGGUGGUACCGUUGGAUAUGCCAUUCGGUUCGAGGAUUGUACCAGUGACGAAACAGUUAUCAAAUAUAUGACGGAUGGUGUGCUACUGCGAGAAUCCCUUGUACAGACUGAUCUCGACAAAUAUUCAUGCAUCAUCAUGGACGAAGCUCACGAACGAGCUCUCAAUACUGACGUUCUAAUGGGGCUUUUGAAGAAGGUUCUAGCCCGGCGUCGGGAUCUCAAACUCAUUGUCACAUCUGCGACUAUGAACUCAGAACGUUUUUCCCGCUUCUAUGGCGGUGCUCCCGAGUUCAUUAUCCCCGGUAGAACGUUCCCUGUCGACCUUCACUUCUCUCGAACACCCUGUGAAGAUUAUGUCGACAGUGCAGUCAAGCAGGUCUUGGCUAUCCACGUUUCUCAGGGUCCCGGUGACAUUCUUGUUUUCAUGACUGGUCAAGAAGAUAUUGAAUCAACCUGCGAGCUGGUUGACGACCGGUUGAAAUUAUUGAACGAUCCACCAAAGCUCAGUAUUUUGCCUAUCUACAGUCAGAUGCCUGCUGAGCAACAGGCCAAAAUUUUCGAAAAGGCCGACCCGGGAGUGCGCAAGGUCAUUGUUGCUACAAACAUUGCCGAAACCAGUCUGACAGUAGACGGUAUCAUGUACGUCGUGGAUGCGGGUUAUUCCAAACUGAAGGUGUACAACCCGCGUAUGGGCAUGGACACCCUCCAGAUUACACCGAUCUCACAAGCCAAUGCCAACCAGCGAUCUGGGCGUGCCGGACGUACUGGACCUGGCAAGGCAUAUCGUUUGUACACAGAGACGGCCUACAAGAACGAGUUGUACAUCCAAACGAUUCCCGAGAUCCAGCGAACCAGUCUUUCCAACACCGUGCUAUUGUUAAAGUCUCUCGGUGUCAAGGAUCUACUGGACUUCGACUUCAUGGACCCACCUCCCCAAGAGACCAUCUCUACCUCUCUAUUUGAGCUGUGGUCGCUAGGUGCCCUAGACAACCUGGGUGAGCUCACACCACUCGGUCGCCAGAUGACUCCGUUCCCAAUGGACCCUACCCUCGGCAAGCUGAUCAUCAUGGCCGCGGAAGAAUACGAAUGCAGCGAGGAAAUGCUAACCAUUGUCUCAAUGCUUUCUGUUCCAAACGUCUGGUAUCGCCCGAAGGAACGAAUGGAGGAGUCCGAUUCUGCGCGCGAAAAGUUUUUUGUCCCAGAAUCAGACCACUUGACUCUCCUCCACGUAUACACACAAUGGAAAACCAACGGAUUCUCUGACUCCUGGUGCGUGAAGCACUUCCUACACGCCAAAACUCUCCGUCGCGCGAAGGAAGUCCGCGACCAGCUGCAAGAUAUCAUGACCGCCCAGAAAAUGCCACUCAUCAGCUGUGGCACAGACUGGGAUAAUAUUCGCAAAUGCAUUUGCUCGGGCUUCUACCACCAAGCCGCACGUGUGAAGGGUAUCGGCGAGUUCAUCAACCUUCGCACCAGCGUUACGAUGGCUCUCCAUCCCACGAGUGCACUCUACGGUCUCGGCUACGUGCCUGAGUUCGUCGUGUACCACGAGUUGAUCCUCACUGCCAAAGAGUACAUGUCUACAGUAACAGCUGUUGAUCCUCAUUGGCUCGCGGAACUCGGUGGUGUAUUUUACUCCGUCAAAGAAAAAGGCUACUCUAAGCGUGACCGCCGCGUUACGGAAAUCGAGUUCAACAAGCGUAUGGAAAUUGAAGCGCAGAUGGCGGAAGACCGCGAGCGUGUUGCAGCUGAAAAGUUGCGAGAAGAGGAACGCAGUGAUCCUGCGCGCAGGAGGACGGAAGUUGAGGUUGGUGGAAAGACCGCUGUCCGCCGUCCUGUUAUUAGGCCCCGGGGCAAGGUCGGUGGCUUGUCAGCCUCUUCAUCUUCGUCUCCACGUUCGACUACUGGGGCGCCUCGAGGUGGUAGCGUGGUCAAGAGGCCUUCUGUGAAGAGAAGGCCUGGUGCUUUCUAG